AUGGAUACUUAUCUCGAUCCCAUCAAUCGCAAGUUCGCCGACGCGGCAGCUGAAGGUCCACCAUUAUACACAAAGUCCUACACUGAAGCUCGCGAGAUCCUGGAAAAUAUUCAGAGCUAUAAGCCUGCUGAUGACAUCAAGAGCGAAGAAGUGAAAGUCGAAGUCAAAGGCGAAAGUGUCACGACUGUCAUUUUCCGGCCAAAGAACGCGCAGGGCACCCUUAACGUGAUCUUUUACACCCACGGUGGUGGAUGGAUUCUCGGAAGUCCGACAGUGCAUGGCGCAUUGAUGGAAGAUUUUGCACGCCAGACUGGGGCUGCCGUUGUGUUCCCUUACUACACACCAGCUCCUGAAGCACAAUACCCAGUCCAAUUUGAGCAGGUGUACGGCGUCCUGGAGCACUUCAUCAAGAAUGGCGACAAGUAUGGCCUUAAGGUUGAUACCUUUGGUCUAGCUGGCGAUAGUGUCGGCGGCCACAUGGCUAUUGCAAUGACACAACUCGCCCAAAGCCGCAACCUUCCCUCCAAGAUCGGGCAAAUCGUUCUUCUCUACCCAGUCACAGACACACACAGCAAAUCCAAAACUUAUCAAACUUUCCAAAAUGGUCCUUAUCUCUCGGAAAAGACCAUGGAUUGGAUGAUCCCAGCCUUCCUCCCUAACGAAGAAGACCGAAAGCUUCCACUAACUUCACCCCUGCAAUUCGCUCCUGAUGAAGUUCUUGCAAAGUUCCCACCUACGACUAUCUUCCUAUCUGGUGCCGAUCCGCUUAUCGGUGAGGGCGAGGCUUUUGGGCAUAGACUGCAACAGCUGGGCGUCGAUGCGGCUGUUAUCAAGGCCGAUGGACAAGUUCACGAUUUUGCUAUGCUGGCGCCUAUUCGGGGAUCGCCUACUGCCAGAGCCGUGGUUGAAUUGGCGUCUGCAAAGCUACUCAAGGCGUUUGCCGACAAAUAA